UUCGCGGGUCGUCGUUCAGGUCGUUGGUCUCGAUCACAGUCGUUAGCCCGCGUUAUUGUUUCAUUUUUAAGCUGUGAGCCGUGGAGAAAGCGUUCACUAACCAAGGUUGUUUCAUUUAGCCAAUCAGUUGGUUUAGCUUAUUACUGUAUUUAUUUUCCAAACCGCAGGGUGAGGAAUUAUAAGAUAUCUUCUGGACAGCAUCUUUGCGGUCCCACUGUCAAGUCACAAUGAUCACCAGAAGAAGAGGCCGUACUAACAACAACAACACAGAGUCUCUUCAGGUUGAAGUGGUGGAUGCAGUGGAAACUGUAGAGGAUCUCCCAAGCCCCUCUGUGGGUUUCCCAGCUGACGACAUCGACUCUGGUGGAAUAGAGCUAGAUGACCUGUUUGGAAUUGAAGACCUAAAAUGGACACUUGAAAAAGACACUGAUUCCCCACUGUUUGAUUUAGAGUUGGCUGAUCUUGGUGUGUACUGCACCAAGGAUCGAGAUUCCGGGUUUGAUGCUUCAACAGCCUCAUCUCCAGAGAGAAUGUCAUCUGACCUCAAGAUGAAGAAUAGACAAAACCAGUCAAGCCACACGAUCAACAAAAAUGCUAUUGCUGCCAGAUUGAACCGUCUCAAGAAGAAAGAAUACGUCAACAGCCUGGAGAAGAAAGUCGGCGUCCUGUCAUCAGAAAACAACGCACUCAAACAGGAAAAUUCUCACCUGACCAAGAGAGUGGAGGAAUUGGAAGAUGAGACCAGGUACCUGAGAGCUGUGCUGGCCAAUGAGAGCAUGUUAGCCCAGCUCUUGUCCAGACUGAGCGGUGUGAAUGGGAUGAAAUUAUCUUCCUCGCUUUUCCAGGGGUCCAACUCAAACGACCACGACUAUGCCUUACCCAGGAAGCGCGUGAAAGUGGAGGAGAAAGAGACAUCUGGUGGCGUGUGUCUGCAUGUGGACAAGAACCACGUCUCAGUGGAGUUCUGCACUAAGUGUGCAGAAAGUGCAAGCACAUCGCUCACAAUGUAGGGUCAAGUACUUCUCUCUGUUCUCAGAUAUUCAGACUGAACUUGAUAUGGCUCAGUGUACUGAACUUCUUGAAGGUGGAUGAACACUGUUGAGUUAGUUAAGAUUACCUAAGAACUGCUGAAUGUGCAUGUGUUUUUGUCUGAUGAUGGAUUGAGUACACGUUACUGCUAAACCUUGUUGACAGUUUCUUCUAGGUAAUGGUUGAUCCACCAUGCGGGAUGAGUGGCUUUCUGAACACCUUUACCUGCUUGACUCCAUGUGGAUUCUGCUGGUGGAAGGCGAAGAGGCUGGACAAGCUGCUGCCAACCUGGCCUGGUAUUUUUUAAAGGUAGUAUCGGUAACGAUGGUAUAAGUGAUUACCUUUUACCAAACCCCCACAACAUCUGUAGCUGUAGGUCUUGUCAGCAUAGCUUAUGCAGCCUUUUUUUUAGGGGCUGACUACGGCUGCUCCAUCACUUGGAGCAAUGCUACCAGAGGCUUAAUAGUCUCAGAAUCAUGUCUUGUAUAUAUUUACGUAUGGGAGUGUGUUCAGUAGAUACAUCCAAAGUGAUCUGCUUUAAGUGAUGAAAUUGCCCAUUUUGAUCAAGUGUAACAAAAUGUAAAUGUGUAUAUAACUUUGAAUUCAUAUUGUUUGAAGUAAAUGGCAUUUGAGAAAUGUUGGACAAAUAAAUCAUAUUUUCAUUAAGUUUGACUAACAUA